AAAUAGACUGAAUUUAAUAUUACGUUAGUUUUCAAAUGGGCUGUUUUUGGGAUGCACUGUUCUCAUCAUUGCCUGCUCACUCUUCAAUACUGUUGCUCUGGGGUAGUUUUCCUUUAAAUAUUACAUGUUGACUUACCAGGAUGUUACAUGGUGGCCCUUUAGGAAUUAUGUCCAUCAAUGUUAUUGAUAUGGGAUUUAGAGCAGUGUGCUGGACGUGCAGCCCUUUUUUAACAUCACUAAUGCAUUGCUUUGGCCAGGGUAUAAUGCUUUAGGCAUCAAAAUAUAUGGAUUACAUUUACACUGAAUUUUGCCUAGUGCAUGAUGCUGAAUCUGAACUCUUCCGAGGAAAAAAUGAUUCCAGGAUACUGGGAUUUAUUGUGCAGUAUGUCCUUGAAUGUCCUUAUGUCCAUAUUUCAUAGGUUUACAUGUAUUUCUGCUGUUUUAAGCCAUCCAAUUCUCUUGAUGGUAAUGGAUUAAGAGACUUAAGUUGCACAUUUAAAAUGCCAACACACAAACCGUACACCAAUUGUCAUAGUGGUCUAGUAUUAUAGCAAAAAGUGCUGCAAUAUCACAUUUUCUAUUGCUUUAUUUAAAUAUUAACAGUUCCGGUUAUGUAUAAAAACACGCUGAUGUUAAAUCACAAAGAUAAAGCAUAAACUUUAAAUUUCAAUGUGUAAAUACCGAUGAGAGUGAGAGCAAGAGCAAUGGCAAUAGAUGGAGAGAAGGUCAAAGGGUGGAACUCAUGGGAGGGCUUCAUUUGUUUGGUGUGUGCAUCCUCAUGGUCUGACCAAAGCAAAAUUGAUUCUCUCCUCCAGUUCAUACAGAAACAAAAGCGGCUUAAGAUUGAAAGCCAGCAUUUUACUUUGAGAUAACCAACAGUUGCACACUGACAGGAUAGGAAAAAGAUAAAAACAGAAGAGUUACAGUGACAAACAAGGUAAGUAAAAACUUUUACCUUAUGCUUUUAUCAGCUUUCUCACUUGGAUCCUAAACGUGAAGUGGACACAGCAAGUGACAAUAGCAUAAUUCAAUGUGUUACAAAAAUUUUUUUUUUUGUGUGUUUUGAUUGUACUUUUGGUAGUAGUUUUUUAUGAUAUUAAUUUUCUGUUAAACAGUAUUUUUUUGUACAGUCAUUAACAUAAAAUCAGUUUUUUUGUUGUGAUGUAAUAUUCAAAUAGCUAAUUGCAUAAUUUUGUUUUUCAAGUAAACCGAGAAAACUUUACAAUAAGAUUGCAAGAUUGUAUAUGUUACACAAUGCACAAUGAAUUAACAUGAACAAUGAACAAUUGUAUGAACAUAUAACAUUAACAUAAAAUGCUAAAUACAUACUUAUUGUAAUUUAAUGUUAAUGUUCGCUAUAUGCAUUAACUAAUAUCAUGAAAACAAUGUUUUGUAGUGUUAACAUUAAAAAAAGGUAAUGUCAUUUUUUCUUUCUGUAAUUAAAAAUGUAUCAAUCUUAAGAUUAACAGGUGCUGGUGUCUGUGUCCCCACCGUUCUCUCUCUCUGUCUUUUAUUUUAGUUAUCAAAUGUCUGAAAGUGUGAAUAGCUCCUGGACGGGGUCUGUUGCUGUCCCGUCCUCUGUCCCUCAUGUCUUUCGCUCUCGCCUUACUGCAUCUACUGACCUCAGCAUAGCUAUCUUCCUCAUCAUCACAGGUGUGGUGUCGGUAGUUGGGAAUGGCCUGGUGUUGUUAGUGUACAGUCAGAGGAGAAGAAAACUCAAAUCCCAUGAGCUGAUGACGGUCAAUCUAGCUGUGUGUGAUUUUGGCUACAGCCUGCUUGGAGCACCAUUUAUUAUCAUCUCAAGUCUGUCUCAUGCAUGGAUUUUUGGAGAAACAGGAUGCUUGUGGUAUGGGAUUCAGGGGUUUGUUUUUGGCAUUGGAUCCCUCAUCACCACCAGCCUUAUCUCCCUCGACCGCUGCUUCAAGAUCUGUAGCUUUCAGUAUGGUCAGUUGUUUGAGAAAAGACACGCAUCUCUGUCUAUUUCUCUGGUGUGGCUCUAUACGCUAUUCUGGGCUUUGCUUCCUGUGUUUGGCUUUGGUAGUUACAGCCCUGAACCAUUUGGGACCAGCUGCACCAUAAACUGGUGGAGGAUGAAGUCUUCCCUGAAUGAUAGAGUCUUUAUUUUUCUGAUCAUGACACUCUGUUUUGGGGUCCCUACCCUUACAAUCAUCACCUCAUACAUUGCUAUCUUCAUAAAGGUGUAUUGGUCUGGUCGAAUAUUGGCCUCAAUGCCUUCAUCCAGCGUCACUCACAGUAUCAAAGAUAUCCGGCUGACAAAGAUAGCAGCAGUUGUGUGUUCCUCAUUUCUGAUUGCCUGGACUCCCUAUGCGAUAGUUUCUCUUUAUUCUGCGCUGACUGCCAGAGAGGAGCAUCCUGGGGAAGAUGGAGAAACAGCUCUCUCUGUCGGGUUCGGUCAUGGCAGAGAGAUCUCUGACAUCUUUGGUUUUCCCUUCCUCAUUAACUUGACCUCUUCAGAACAUUUCGAAGAUGCUUUUGGUUCCUGGAGAAAUAUGACUCCUGACACAGAUCAUUCUCAUCAAUCUUCAUUGGGGCACGGCCCCAGAUCCACUGUGGGUUCUGGGCAUGGAGGAAUGGAUGUGAAUAGAUCUUAUUAUGUUUCCACCCUAAGCCCAGAGGUCACUCUGAUACCUACAAUUUUUGCAAAGUCACACUGCAUGAUAAACCCCUUCAUCUACCAAAUCAUGAACCGAGAUUUCAGAGAGGACGUCUAUGAUCUUUUGUGCUGGAGAGGUAAAGAUGGAAAGAGGAGGAGAGCAAGGAGCUCAAGUGAUUCUGAUGGACAUCGUGGGAGCGUCAGUCUCUCUUAUAUUUACAGCUGGAGAAGACGAAGCACCCAUACGAGUCAGGUGUCCGGCGAGCGGGUGAGGAAAGAGUCUUCACGGAGGAGUAAAGGGAAGAGAGGCUCAUCUCACGGCAAUGCCUCGGGUGGCUGGGCAUCUCUGGAUACUGCAACGUCAGACACACACUCCAACUUAGAAAGAGAGAGAGGAAGUCAGGUCGAGAGAGAGAAGCAAAACGAGCUUGUUGAAAUGUAAGGGGUGAUAACAGAUGUACCCUGUAACCCAGGGUUUGGUAACAUGUUUGUAUUUGGGUGAAGAAAACAGUCUGGGAUGGCAGCGAAUAAAUGAAGAGAGAAUUUUUCAUGUUUGGGUGAACUUUUCCUUUAAAGGCGGAGUCCACGAUGUUUGAAAGCCAGUGUUGAUAUUUGAAAUCACCCAAACAAACACGCCCCUACCCCAAUAGAAUCUGGACCUUCUGUUGAUAGACCCGCCCCACACAUACCCAACCCGGCAUUUGAUUUGAUUUGAUUGGCUAUAAGUGUGUUUUGGUAGUCGGCCCGUCUCCUUUUCCAAAGCGUUUUCAAACAUCGUGGACUCCGCCUUUAACCAAAUUGUAUUUGUGCAUUACAGAGACACUUUAAUUCAAAGCAACUUACAUAAUUUAAAGGGGCCAUGGCAUGAAAAUCUGACUUUUUCCAUGUAAAGUGCUAUGAUUGGGUCCCCAGUGCUUCUAUCAACCUAGAAAAUGUGAAAAAGAUCAACCCAGUAACUUAGUUUUGGUAAACCAUUCUCUAAAAGCACAUGAAUAAAUAGGUCGUUGAAAUUUGGCUCUCCUUAUGAUGUCAUAAGGAGCUCUUAUUAUAAUAAUACCACCCCUUAAUCUGCACUAUCCAACCACAGCACUGCCAUUUAGUGCAGAGAAAAGCACAAUUGAGUUUUAGUUGCAACAAACCACCAUCAUUGUGAUCAGUGUUUGAAUUUCAUCAGCUCAUUUGCAUUUUAAAGGACACACCCAAAACGGCACAUUUUUGCACACACCUACAUAGUGGCAAUUUAAACAUGCUAUAAUAAAUUAUUUAUAUGGUAUUUUGAGCUAAAACUUCACAUAUGUGCUCUGGGGACACCAAAGAUUUAUUUGACAUCUUAAAAAAAUCUUGUGCCAUGGCCCCUUUAACUUUUAAUUUUUUUCAGUAAAACUGUGUUAUGUUUGUAGAUAAAAUUUAUUGUGAAGUAAACUGUGUUGUCCAAUAUGCAAUUUUAUCCACAAUUGAAUAGAUGUUUGCCCCCUUUCUGAUAUGUAUCAGACAUAUUUAUCUAUGUUUAUUAUUAGCACUAUUUAUUUAUUUAUUUAUCUAUCUAUCUAUCUGUCUUUCUAUUGUGUGCCCAUACCCUUACGAAAAAUAACCA